UGGCACCAGCCCGUCCAAGCCAACGCUUGAUGCAUGCAGUUGCCGGGCAAUUGCAGGGCCCGUCAACGCCGCUUCGAUCGAUCUCCCAGCGUCUGGGAUCAUUCGGAUUGAUCGCCGACGUGCAAUACGCAGACGAUGACGACGGGUGGAACUACCGGAAGACGUCGCGUCGAUACUACCGUCAUGGGCUGCAAGUGCUUCGAUGGGCUACUGCCGAUUGGAUCGAUGAAGCCGCGAUAACACCUCGUUGCAUGCGCUUUGCCGUCGACUUGGGUGACGUCAUCGACGGCAAGAACGAACCGGUUGGGGCAUCGUACUCGGCGUUGCGCGCAGCGACCGCAAUAUUUGACGAAUUUCAACAUGCUGUUGGCCCAGUGCAUCACUGCGUUGGCAACCACGAGCUGUACAAUUUCUCCAAGGCCACUUACGUCAAGGAGGUAACCCUCCACACGCAGUCACGUCACGCCGACGACGCAAGCAUUCCACCGCGUGCCACAGCCGUCGCGUACUACACCUUCACUGAGCCGUCGCUGCCGUCGUAUUUGUUUGUCGUGCUCGAUCCAUACGGUCAGUCGACGAUUGGAAGCCCCGUGGACUCGCCUGAAUACGCCAACGCCGUCGAGUUCCUCAGCCGAAACAAUCCGAACGAAAACAAAAACUCAUCGCUUGGAAUGCCUCGCGACGAAUCGCUGCGCUGCACGGAGUUCAACGGCGCCGUGGACGACACCCAGUUGGCAUGGCUCGCGAACGUCCUGGCCACCGCUGUCGCAAACAAGCAGAACGUGGUCUUGUUCACCCAUGUCCCAAUUCACCCGGACACGUGCCGCCCAGGUGGUGUCUUGCUCUGGAACUAUGCCAAAGUUACAGCGCUGCUGGACGGGCACGCGUCGUCGGUGCGCGCGGUCUUUUCUGGCCAUUCGCACAGAAAUGGAUAUGCUGAAGACCACGGUAUUCAUUACAUGGUAUUCCAUGCUGCCCUCGAAUGCCCUCCCACCGACAACGAUGCCGAGAACCGAGCGUACGCUACUGUCGACGUGUACGAAAACGGCCUGCACGUACGCGGGGCCGGAGUCAUCCCGUCCAAGACGAUUUCCUGGUAGGCUGAUAGAUCGAGUCGCCAUGUUAUAAAAACACUACCGUCGGCGCCAGAACCCGUGCAUGGGCUUUGUGUUGGCAACUUCGCUUGCUCCAGUCGAUGGGUAUUAUUGGA